AUGACCCAUUCAACUGCAGAUAUUCUUACACUUAGCGAUGAAAUAUUACUUAAUAUUUUCAACGAACUCGAUAAUAUGGAUGUAUUAUAUUCACUUAUAGGAGUCAAUCGAAUACUCGAUCGAGUCGCUCGAGAUACGAGUUUUACACAAUCUCUUGAUUUUUUAAAAAUAUUAGAUAAUACUAAUAAUCUGAAAAUUAAUUUUAUUCUUGAUCGAUUUUGUUUGGAUAUCAUACCUCGUAUUAAACACUAUUAA